AUGGAAGAUACAGAGCAACACGGGAAUGUCACGCGACCAACAACAUCUACAGAUAUCACAACAGCUGGCAAGGCCACUGGAACAACUCAACCUACUUCAACAGCUGGUAGUACUACAUCCACGACGCCUCAUCUAACCGCAUCAGUUGGAACAGGUGGUAGAAGCACAGGUACAACCCACUUAGCAACAACUGGCCGCACUACAGGGGCAACAUCUGGUCCAAUACCAGCAGCCAGCAGUACAGCGUCUUAUACCGGCACCACUACUGCUCCUACAACAUCUAGCAGCGCCUCAGGCACCACGUCUGCUCCUACGACAACAGCUAGUAGUACCGCAAGCACUACUUCUUCUUCUACAACAGCUGUUAGUACCACAGGCCUCUCUUCCGCUCCUACGAUAACAGCUAGCAGUGCUACAGCUAGCAGCACCACAGGCCCCUCUUCUGCUCCUACAACAACAUCUAGCAGUACUGCAGGUACCACGUCUGCCCCCGUGACAACAGCUGGUAGCACCGCAGGCACAACUUCUACUCCUACGACAACAAUCACCUCAGUGUGA